AUGCGUUCCUACGAUGUUCCGCUCACCCUUCCUGUGAGUCUCGAUGUCAACUUCUGUCUGCCUCCUGAACAAGUGACUGACAAAUGUAUGGUUUCCCUCAACAUCAUACUCGUCGGCGCAGGUCUCGGUGGCCUAGCAACUGCCAUCGCCCUAACACAAAAUGGCCACCGAGUGACUAUCUACGAGCAGACUCCUGUUCUAGGUGAGGUAGGAGCGGGGAUCCAAAUACCAUCUAAUUCUACCCGUCUAUUAUUCAAACUGGGGCUGAAGCCUUACCUAUCCCCUUAUGUAACGGAGCCAGAGCGCAUAUCCUUUCGAAGAUGGCAAGAUGGUAGAGUUAUUGGAAAUACCGAGCUCGUCCCCGAUUUUACCAAGAACUAUCAAGCGCCUUACUACGUUAUUCAUCGUGCUCAUUUUCACUCAGCUCUUUGCGAAAGAGCAAAAGAUAUGGGAAUUGAGAUCAAGCUUGGAGCCAAAGCUGUCGACUAUGACCCUAUAGCAGGGAGUAUAACGUUGGCGGACGGCACCAUGCACACGGCGGAUCUCAUUGUUGCUGCUGACGGUAUCAGAUCUGUGGCCCGGAAGACUGUACUUGGCGGACACGAUAUGCCCUUUCACAAACCUGGCUUUGCCGCUUAUCGAGCAACAGUUGAUGUGGAUCGCAUGCGGAGCGACCCUGAAGUCUCUUGGAUAUUAGAAAAGCCCUCGUUGAAUAUCUGGAUUGGGGAUGGCCGACAUGUAAUGACAUACACGAUAGGCGCCGGUACAUCUUUCAAUAUGGUCCUCUCGCAUCCGGAUAGCAGUGAUCCAUUGACCUGGGAUCCAGAACGAGCUGUAGAGGACAUGAGGAGAGAAUUCCAGGACUGGGACCCUGUAUUGACAAAAUUGAUCAACAUGGUCGAGAAAACAAUGAAGUGGCCGCUGAUGACAGUUUCGCCGUUAAAUCGCUGGAUUUCUGGAAAACUUUUAAUACUGGGAGACGCAGCUCAUGCCAUGCUGCCGUACAUGUCUCAAGGUGCCGCGAUGGCUGUUGAGGACGGCGUCGGUCUCGCCCGAGCGUUAUCGAAAAUGACAUCUCCAGAUCAACUUACCGAUUGCCUCCAGUUAUUCGAGACUGUCCGCAGCCUUCGGUCCAACCAAAUGCAGGAGGCAAGUCUACUGAAUGGCCGUCUGUGGCACUUCCCAGAUGGACCAUUACAACGAGCGCGGGAUGCAGCUAUGGACAUCGUCCUCCAGUCCGGAGAGCGACAAAUCAUCGAUAUUCCUAGUCCGGAUGCGGAUGGAUACACAUCUUUUCAAGGUGCUACAAAGCAACUUGCAGUCCAAGCAGCCGAGUCUAGUGCACGAGCGUUCGCAAGCUGGUCCAAAUCAAAACCCACCGAACGACGAGAACUGUUGCAGAAACUGGCACACAUCUUCAAGAACAAGGUCAAAGAAAUCGAACGAAUCUGCGUCGAAGAAAUUCACUGCGAUCCUAUAUAUGCUCAGAACAUCGCCCAAGACGGGUUAGAUCUUAUCGAGGAGUGCGCAGCACUCACCACUUCUGCCGUGCUCGGAUCGAUUCCUAGCGUCCGUGGUGAUGCCUAUGGACUCGUUUUCAAGGAACCGCUGGGCGUGAUUUUAGGUAUUGCACCGUGGAACGCACCCAUCAUUCUGGGAUUACGAGCUGUUAUAGCCCCCAUCGCUGCCGGCAAUACAGCAAUCUUGAAGGGAUCAGAAUUGAGCCCACGCGUGCAUUAUUUCUUGGCCUCACUAUUCCGUGAAGCCGGAUUCCCGCCAGGCGUUGUUAACUUCCUGCUCCAUGGACCCAGUGACGGGGCGGAGAUCUUCGAUGUGCUCAUCAAACAUCGUGCAAUACGCAAAUGCAAUUUUACGGGUUCUACACAGGUUGGUCGAAUUAUCGCAGCGCAAGCAGCCAUGGUUCUCAAGCCGGUGUUGUUGGAACUCGGUGGUAAGAAUUUUGUGAUUGUUCUGGAUGAUGCGAAUCUGGAUCUGGCAGCUCAAGAGAUCAUUAAAGGUGCAUUUUUGAAUAACGGCCAGAUUUGCAUGUCGACAGACCUGAUUAUUGCCACCAAGCAUGUUGCAGUACAGCUGCAAGAAAACUUACUCAGACUAUUGCAGACUAUCAAGCGGUCCGGUACCGUUAUUACCGCUGCAGCGAAAAUCAAGUUAGAUGCACUUGUGAAGGACGCAGUCGACAAAGGGGCGAAAGUCUACACCGCUCCAGUGCUUGACUACUCAACGAAUGAUUCCGCCCUGAGCUUUAUUCCCACUAUCAUUACUGGGUUGAGGCAAGAAAUGGCUUUUUAUGAAACUGAAUCCUUCGGACCCCUUUGCGGAAUGCUGACAGUUGAAGAUGAGGAUGGUAUUAUCAAUAUUACCGAGCAAGCUACUUACGGCCUAUCAGCUGCUAUCUUCUCUCAAAAUCACUACAAAGCCCUGAAGCUGGCUGGAUCUAUCAGGUCAGGUGCUGUUCACAUCAACUCUAUGACUGUGCAUGAUGAGGCGACUCUUCCUCAUGGGGGACGUGGUGACAGUGGCUGGGGGRGGKUCGGAUCGCAGUGGGGAUUGGAAGAGUUCUUACAGACAAAAACGGUUACUUUGCAUCAAUAG